AUGGGUGAAUACGUAGCCUAAGCAAACAAAUCCCUUCCAGUCACAAUUCACUUUUUGGGCCAAAUUUUCAAAAAUGAACAUCGUGCGGAGACUACGUUUGGGUCACCUCAGAUCGAUGGGCUAUCGUCUUUAUUCGGGUAAGGAUCAGUCCAAGAAUGUCAGUGUGUCGAAAUCACAGGAAAAACCCAACAAAAAGGAGAAGGGUGACCAUGCCAAGAAGGUGACUAAGGUCACCCUAAUCAAUGGCGAGGGUGUGGGUCCCGAACUGAUGAAUGCCGUGCAGGAAGUGCUGUGUGCGGCCAAGGUUCCCAUUGAGUGGGACAUCCAUGAGCAGUACAUGGCCCCCGACAGCCAGGAUGUUUCCACCGAAGUCCUGGCCUCCUUGCGUGCCAAUAAAGUGGGCAUCAAGGGACCCGUGGAAAGUCGCCACUGGCAGCGCCAAAUCCGAAAGCAGUUUGCCCAGUUCGCCUACGUAUCCCUGUGCUCCCACAUCGAGGGAUUGGACUCGCCAUACGGCGACUUCGACGUGGUCAUCAUUCGGGAUCAGAUGGAGGGCGAUUACUCCGGCAUCGAGCAUCGGGUGGUUCCGGGUAUCAUGCAAACUAUUAAGGUCAGCACCACCACCGGAGCGGCGAGGCUCGCCGAGUUCGUGUUCAACUAUGCGGUGAAGCACAAUCGCAAAAAGAUCACGGUGGCCCACAAGGCGAACAUAAUGAAGCUGACCGAUGGCAAUUUCCUGGAGGCCAUGCGAGCGCAGCACGAAAAGUUCGUGGACAAAGUCAAGUACGAGGAGCACUAUCUGGACACAUGCAUCAUGAAGAUCCUGAUGAGCCCGAAGAAGAGCGACGUCCUGGUCUCGUCCAGCAUGUACGGCGAUGUGAUGCGCGUCAUUGCGGGCGGAAUGAUGGGAGUGCCGGGCAUUUGCCCCGGCUACUCAGUGAGCAGUCUGGGCACCGUGUUCGACUGCCGCAUGAAGGCUUGCCACGCCCUGGCUGGCCAGGAUCUGGCCAAUCCCACUGGGCCCUUGCUCAGUGCCGUCCUGAUGCUGCGCCACGUCAAGUUGGACAAGCAGGCGGAUCAGGUGGAGUGUGCUGUUCGCGGGGUUUACCGCGACACGGAUAUCCGCACCCAGGAUGUGGGCGGCACGGCCAAGUGCUCCGAGUUCGUCAAGGCCAUCUGCGAUCGCCUCGAACAGGAGAAUUAAUAGCAUUAUAACUAGUUUGUAUUAAACACAAAAAACAUUUAAACAGCAGUUAAAAUUAAUUGCACACAUAAAUCAAAUUCUGCAAACGUCGUAUAAACAAGCAUGUGACUUUUCCUAGAACAAACAAUGAAAAA